AUGGCGUUCUUCGGCUGGGACAAGUCUGUUCCCCAGCCAACCAAGAUCGACCGUGAAGCAUUUGUUGUUCUCAUUGACCGUCCAUCCGGUUUGGUCCACGAAAUUGUUGUUUCUCUGACCCAAAACAAGACCACCAGCUGGAAGAAGGUUCAAGGUGUCCAGCCCACUCUUCACGUUGGCGAAAUGCUCGAGGCCGAACACGUUUUGCUCAAUGAUGAACUUGUUAUUGCAGAGUGCCGCAAACUGGGUAUUACUGAUAUGAAACAAGUCUUCAUUGAUCCCUGGGGCGUUGGUUACCACGAGUCAAUCAAGGGCAAGCGUCUUAUGCAAGCUUUGGUCUACAUGCGCACCUCUGCCGACGACAACCAGUACGCUCAUCCUUUGGAUUUCAAUCCUCUUUAUGAUGUCAACGAAAAGAAGGUUGUCGACAUCAUUGUUGCCAAGCGCCGCAACAGCAAGUUUGAGCGUCCUACUAUUCCCCGAGCCAACCAUCACUUCUUGCCCGAGCAUAUUGGUACAGAAAACUUGCGCAAGGACUUAAAACCAAUCCAAAUCACCCAGCCCGAAGGUGUCAGCUUCACGAUCCGUGGCCAGCAGUUAGAUUGGCAAAAAUGGAAUAUGCACUUGUCGUUCAACUAUCGUGAAGGUUUGGUUAUCAACAACGUCAGCUACAAGGAUAUGGAUGGUACUUUACGCCCCUUGUUCUACCGUGUCUCUUUGGCGGAAAUGGUGGUCCCUUACGCCAAUCCCUACAAACCCUAUAACCAUAAGAUGGCUUUUGAUGUUGGAGAGUACGGUUUGGGCAACUUGACGAAUUCUUUGGAACUCGGCUGCGACUGUGUUGGUUCAAUUUACUAUAUGGAUGCUGUUUUGAGCGACAUGAAGGGUGAGCCCUGGGUGAUCCCAAAGGCUAUCUGCAUUCACGAAGAAGAUACUGGUCUUUUGUUCAAGCACACUGAUUACCGCACUGGCAAGGCCCACUCUGCUCGCUCGCGUCGCUUGGUCAUCUCCCACAUUGUUACUGCUGCCAACUAUGACUAUGGUUUGUACUACUACUUUUACCAGGACGGUACCUUCCAAUAUGAAGUUAAGGCUACUGGUGAACUCAACACCCAAGUUCUUGCUGUCGACGAAGAUGCUGCUCCAUAUGGUACCAUUGUUGCACCCCAAAUUGAUGCUCAGCACCACCAGCAUUUGUUCAGCAUGCGCAUUGACCCUAUGAUCGACGGUCGCAACAACUCUGUUGCCGAAACGGACGUCUUACCUUCAGUGCAUCCUGUCGGACACCCCGAUAACAUAGUUGGCAAUGCCUUCGGUCCUGUCAGCAAGAUCUUUAGCAACACCGAUGAAGCACAAACCGAUGCCAGCCCCCAGACACAUCGCUCAUGGAAGGUUAUCAACGAGAGCAAAAUACAUCCCUAUGCCAAGCAGCCUGUCGGUUUCAAGGUUAUUGCUCCCAACAGCCCUCCCCUUUUGGCCAAGCCUGGAUCCAUUGCUUACGAACGCGCCCGAUUUGCUGCAAAAACCCUUUGGGUGACCCAAUACCAUCCUGAUCAGCUCUUCCCUGGUGGUUUCUACUGCUACCAGAGCGAGCCCUCCGAUAACCUUGGUCUCCCGCAAUUUACUCGUGAGACCAAGAAUGUUCGUAACGAAGAUAUCGUUCUCUGGUUGACCUUUGGUCUGACCCACAUCCCUCGUGUUGAAGACUUCCCUAUCAUGCCUGUGGAAAUGUGCGGUUUCCAACUCAAGCCAGCCAACUUCUUCUUGGGUAACCCGGGUAUCGACCUCCCAUCCUCUGACAAGAAGUCCACCAAGAGCGCCUAUGCUCCCGCCGAUGCCAAAUCCUGCUGUGGCAAUAACUCUUUAUAA